AGCGGCGUGCUGGCGCUCAGCUCGGCGGAGCCGCGCGUCCUCUUCGACGGCCACCCGGUGCUGGUGCUGCACGCGCUGAGGGUAGAGCGCAACAGCCGUAACGCGGCCGCCGCCGCUCGCCGUGCGCCCAUCGAGGAUUUCGUGCUCAGAGAGAACGUGUGCUGGGAAGUGAGCCUGGCCCGGCUGGAGGCCUCCGUGCCCUACGGCUACGACUUCUCGGGCGCCUGGAACGAAGAGUUGCUGUCGGCGGUGCGCUGGCUGAAGCGGCUGCACGGUCGGCCCAGCGGCCCGGCCGGCGCCGACAGUCCCCUGCCGGCCGACCUCUGUGUCAAGAUAAGCACCUCUCGAUGGAGCUGUGCGACGAUCCUUUUGAGGUCAAGCUCCGUGACAACUACGAGCUGCUGGAGGACGAGUAUCACGAGAGCAUGAAGCGACGGCAAACGCUGGACGUCAAGAUCGAAGAGCAGCGUCGGCUACAUGGACUGCUGCAGGCCAGGAAGGUGGAGAGCCUGUACAGUCAGCUGCAGCAGCGGGACGCCCAGCUGUUCGUGCAGCGUGCGCAGAAGAUGUACCAGGCCGACUCGCCGAUGCGCACGCGCCUCUUCCUCUGGACGAUGGAGGGGCUGGAGGUGGCGGCGCUGGCUGACCCUAGUCUGCACGGCCGGGACGCGUGCGUCGCCCAUCUGCGCAACAUCGACCCGCUCACCCCGUGGCCGGAGGAUGACAUACAG